GCACUCUAGUCCAGACGACCGUUCAUUGAAUAUCAUGUCUGCAAUUGAAAGCUGCCGUUGCGCUUUAUAGGAAAUUUUAAGGUAUUUAUAGUAUUUUAUAUCUAUCGAUUACUAUUCGUAGUACAUCAGAAAGUUUAUCUAACCAAUUGCGUAUUGAGAAAUUAUUUUGGAGGUUAAUCGACUACGUUACGGCCUUCCUAUACCCUUAGCCGAAUUUAGGUUCAAAAAAAAGGAAUUUCAUGUUCAAUCAAGGUCGAAGCUAUUCUAAGACUAUCUUUUAGCUGUCUAAACCUUUUAGGGCUGUUGUUUGUCACAUUAAGAUGCGCCGAUUGAUUAUAUAAUUGUAUAGUUUUUGUCCACGUGGUUUGGCAUAAGUGAAGAAAUCUCUGGCUCGGCGGUGAUUGGUCGAUAUAAUAUAUAUAACGAAGGCGCGCUUUCCAUAGAAUUAUUUUUGAAUAGACUUCAAUUUCACAUUUUCAGUGUUAAAUCGCCGACUCAGUUAAACCAAAGAUAAAAAAUUAACUAUGAAAACUUUCUGAAGUAACAAUAGAAUUCCUUUUUAUCUAAGAAUUUAUUGAAAAAAAGACAAGCAGCUGACAAACACAUAAUCUUUAUCGUUUCUUCAUACUUCAAAAGAUGGUAUCGAUAGAUUCUGAUCAAUUAUGGAUGGUGAUAGUAGGUUUUUUAAUUGCUUUCGCUCUGGCCUUUGGGAUUGGAGCUAACGAUGUUGCUAAUUCGUUCGGAACAUCAGUCGGAUCCGGCGUUAUUACUUUAAAGGUGGCGUGUAUAUUAGCAAGCAUUUUUGAAACACUCGGAGCAGUAUUAUUAGGGGCAAAAGUGUCUGAUACUAUUCGGAAGGGUAUAAUAGAAGUUACACCGUACCAAAAUGAUACGUCUCUAUUUAUGGUGGGAAACGUUGCUGCCUUAUCGGGUUCCUGCUUAUGGCUCUUAGCAGCGACUUUACUACGCAUGCCGGUUUCUGCUACACAUUCAAUAGUAGGAGCAACUAUAGGUUUCGCUCUCGUUGGUCAUGGUGCAAGUGGCAUAAACUGGAGUAAAUUAGGAUUAAUUAUUGGAUCGUGGUUUAUAUCACCAAUAGUUUCAGGAGCCGUCUCAACUGGAUUAUUCUUUUUCUGUAAACAUUUCAUCUUAAAUAAAGCGGAUCCAUUGGAACCUGGCCUAAAAUUCUUACCUGUAUUCUACGGGCUUACCAUUGUCAUCAAUUUCUUCUCUGUUUCUUACAACGGGCCUAAAAUUCUGGGAUUCGAUAAAAUACCAUUAUGGGGAGUUUUCAUAAUCAGUUUUGGUGGUGGAAUUAUCACGGCAAUACUAGUUUUAUUCGCAAUCGUACCAUGGCAACGAAGAAAGAUAAGAAAGCAAUGUGAUGAUCCGGAAUAUUGUCCUGGUUCACCGAUUGAGAAGAAAGACAAUUCAAUUAAAUUCGAAUUUGGACAAUUAGUUGACAACUCCACUGCAAAUUCAAAAAAUAAUUCUCCUCUGACUCAACAACGUGAAUUACAGCACAUUAAUCUUGCAAACUUUCAAACAACAAAGAUAGUUAAUGGAGUGAAUAAUAAGAAUAAUGAUCUGAAUAAAAAACCUGGACAUAACAAGGCGGAAAACGCUUUGCUUGUCGAUAAUGAAUAUAAUCCUGGUACUCAAACGCCAGCCGGUGUUAGUCGUUCGGAAACUCGUACAGAUCUGACGUAUAAUAUAGAACACAAGCCAAAUGGAGUAAAGCCUCCUUUGUCAUUAGAAGAUCCAGAAGCCAGCGGCCGAUCAGUUGUCAAAGAUCGACCCGAAACUGGUGAACUUUUCUCAUUUCUCCAAAUAUUGACAGCAAUUUUUGGUUCCUUUGCUCAUGGAGGCAACGAUGUCAGUAACGCUAUUGGACCGCUUGUUUCACUCUGGUUAGUAGGAACUCGGGGCGAAGUAUUCGAAAAAGCUGCAACUCCAGUUUGGAUUCUUUUCUACGGAGGCGUUGGCAUAUCAAUUGGUUUAUGGGUUUGGGGUCGUCGUGUCAUAAAAACUCUAGGCGAAGAUCUUACCAAAAUUACUCCAUCAAGUGGUUUCUGUAUUGAAAUUGGAUCUGCUUUAUCCGUCCUGAUAGCAUCCAAUAUCGGUAUUCCUAUCAGUACAACACACUGUAAAGUUGGUAGUGUCGUAUUCGUUGGAAGAUUUCGGUCAAAGCAGAAUGUCGACUGGAAGAUAUUUAGAAAUAUUAUUUUUGCAUGGUUGGUGACCUUACCCAUUUCCGGAGGAAUUUCAGCAGCUAUAAUGGCGGCCCUUAAGAUGACUUUAUAAUGUAUUUAUAGAAAUUUUAAAAAUAUUCUAUUUAAAUAAUUUGUUCAGACUAAAAUUUUUUUAUUAUGUUGUUUGCCCACAUUUUUCGCUCUAUGUUUUGUAAAGGAAGGGAAACACGUUGAAAUUGUUUUUUGCAGAUGAUCUUUGCUAUUUUUUUAUACCGUUGUCUUUCGUUCUUCGUACUAUUAUCUAUCCCCUCCCUUCUCACUUCGCUGCCUAGCAUUUAAUCGAGAGAAAUUGAUCUUAAAUUCCCCGUUAGGCCGACUAAGUAUGCUUUAAGCUAAAUGCGCAUAUGAAGCUACAUAAUAUUUGUAAAUGAACUUCUAAAGCGUGACGUCACUAAGUGCCGAAAAAGAGAAUAAAAAUUUAUAUAUAUAGAACGCUUUAAUUCCGAAGCUAAACUAAGAUUAUUGAUUGUGGAAAGAAAUUGAUAAGAAAAGACAAAAAUAUUGGCUAUUGAAUUAACUUAGUAUUCAAUCCUUCGACUGGGAAAGUACAGUCUUACUAUUGACUGCAUUUAUUAAAACAGAAGUAUAAUCUCUACCAUUUUCAUUUAUUUUUUCAACUGUAACAUAUGAAAUAUCGAUAUUUUUACAAUCGUUCUAUAUUAUUUCAAACUUUCUUCCGUUAAUAAUUCAUGAAAUUGAUUAUCUUCUACUUUUAUGACGUAGAAUAAGUGUUCUUUUACUAGAAUAAUUAUAGUGCGUAGAGAGGUUCCCAGAAUCAGCGUUAGAGAGGUUACCCAUCGUAAGCGACAUGUUAACUACGUAAAAUAUCUCAAUAUAAAAAGCCUCAUAUACCUCA